AUGCAAGGGAAAAUUAAUACAACCUUACGUCUCCUUGAAGAAAACUCUAGUGUUGGUGUUUUGCCUCUAUCAGAUGAAGUUAUGAAAAAUCUUGGUAAAAAGCACCCCCUACCAAGCGAAAUCAAAUCCGAUAGCUUACUACAUGGGCCCAUUACUGAUCUCAGAGACGUUGCUGUGGACAUUAAUGAGCAAGAUGUUUUGUUUUUUGCAAGAUUGAUGAGAGGUUCUGCUGGUCCUUCCGGAUUAGAUGCUAACCAGUAUGUCCGCAUCCUAUGUUCGAAGCAAUUUUAUUGCGAAGGAAAAUCCUUACGUGAACAGAUUGCCAUGUUUGCAAAGAAAAUUGCAAGCCUAGAUCCUUCCUGUCUUGAAGCCUAUACUGCUUGUAGACUCAUUCCGCUAGACAAAUCCCCUGGAGUACGACUGGUUGGGAUUGGGGAGUGUUUGCGGCGCCUAGUUGGAAAGAUUUUAACCAGGACCUUUAAACAAGAUUUUAAGACUGCAGCUGGUCCUAACCAAAUGUACGUCGGUCAUGAAGCUGGUGCUGAAGCAGCAAUUCAUGCGAUAUCGAUGCAACAAAUAUGCAUGGGAGGAAGAAAGCUCUGAAGGUGUUCUACUUGUAGACGCCAGUAAUGCGUUUAACUCCCUGAAUCGUAACGUCGCUCUUCAUAAUAUCCAGAUUGUAUGCCCUAGACGUUUAUUUGUGAUCGGAGGAGGGAAAUUGUUGUCUAGAGAAGGCACUGCACAGGGUGAUCCACUGGAUAUGCCUUUCUAAGCGGUCUCUAUUUGUAUCUUGAUCUUUUAUCUUCACAAGAAUUUCGAUGGUGUGAAACAAGUCUGGUUAGCGGAUGAUUGUAGCGCCGCUGGUCCUUUGGACUCCUUUUUUGCAUUCUUCAACCAAACCAUAGUCGAAGGUGAGAAAUUUGGUUAUUAUGUGAAUUCUACGAAAUCGUGGCUGGUCGUUAAAAAACAUUAUGAUCCGGAGGGAGCGGCUGAAUUAUUUAAAGACUGUGACAUAAAGAUAGCUACUGAGGGUCAAAGGCUACUUGGUGCCGUAAUUGGUUCCACGACUUUUAAGGAAGAGUAUGUUAACAGUAAAGUCGAGACCUGGUGUAAUGAAUUAAAUCGACUCAGUGAUAUUGCUAAAUGCCAUCCGCAAGCUGCAUAUGCUGCAUUUGUGCACGGGUACAAGCAUAAGUUUACGUACUGUAUUAGGACUAUACCAGAUAUUGGCCACUUAUUGAAACCAGUAGAAGAAGUAAUUGCCAAUGUAUUUUUACCUACCUUGUUGGGUCAAGAAAUUUCACAAAUAGAUAGACAAAUUUGGGCUCUUCCCACACGACUUGGGGGUCUUGGUAUUCCUUGCAUUCCAAAUGAAGCAGAAUUCAAUCUAAGCUCGUCAAAAGUUAUCAGCGCGCAGUUAUGCGCCCAACUUGUCAAGCAUUGGAUCAGUGGGCUUCCAUCGGCAGAGGACUUGUCUCAUGCUAAGUUAACUGUUCGAAAUGACAGAAGAGAAAGAUUGCAUGCUGCCUCCCUCUCACUCCAUCAUCAAGUAUCCGCAGAUCAGUCCAGAACGGUUCUGUUGGCUUGCGAUAAAGGUGCUUCUGGAUGGCUCAACGCUGUACCUUUGCAGGAAGAAGGAUUUGCUUUGAACAAAGAGGAAUCUCGAGAUACUUUGGCCUUGAUAUAUGAUAAAUACAUCUCCAAUCUAGCAAGCAAUUGUCCGUGCGGAGUCCCAUUUAAUACCAACCACGCAAUGGAUUGUAAAAAGUUUGUUUUAUACCUGCACGACACGAUAAUCUACGAAAUCUCGAAGCGGCGUUGUUGUCGGAAGUGUGCAAAGAUGUUGCGAUAGACAUAAUAUUGUAGAAAUAGUUUAAUUAGGUUAAUCCUGUUAUGCCUACGUGGAACAAGAAUACCUUUUUAUAGUGACAAUUUAUCUUUAAACUUUUAAAUUUUAUAUAAUAUUGUAGAACUAAUUUUUUACUUUUGAAUAUUUUAAUAAUUAAAAAAGAAAAAUAAAUAAAAAAAGGAAAUUAGGUUUAGGAGUAGCAUGCAGGCAAUGGUGGUGUUAUCUCAACAGAUUCAUUGGGUUGUGGCGUCUCUGCAUGCAGGCGCUUGUGGGAUACUUUGAGCAGAUGUUUCUGGAAUUGCAGUUUAUCAGAAUAUAAUUUGCUUUUUUUCCACUGCUGUGAGCUGUGGUGCAUCCAUGAUUUCUUUCAUUCUCUGUUAUGCAUCAUACAUUGCAUUUACAAGUGGUGGUUGACGAUACGACUGUUUGUGUAAAAACUUUGCAAUCUCUCCCGAUAGUAUGUUGGUCUUAAGUCGAUAUUCAUCACUUCUUGUUGGCUUUAAAUCCAGCAUCAAAUAUCCAUGAGGUAGGCUCGUAGCAUCUUCAUCUUCCUCAUAAAUUAUUGCACUCUCCCGGGAUUUACAUGUCUGGCAAGUAUAGAAAUUUGCCGUUUAUCUCUUGGUGACUUAAACAAGACAAUAUAGUGUGCGUUAAGGCUGAAAUUUCUCAUCUCUUUGCCCUGUUGGAAUAUAUUUUGAACAAUAUAGAUGAUGGACAAUUUCGUUGAUGGCUUCCUUUCGUAAAAAGAUCAGCUAUACGUUUGUUUUUACUAGAUUGUGCCAUGAGAUCAUCCAAUAUGAUCAAAUUCCGUUGCGAUAUGUCCAAGUAAUCUCCGUUGUCGAUGUCGUCGGGAAUGCCUUUAUUGAACUCGAUUCCAGGCAUCGUCCCCAACAUAUCAAAUAUAAUGGUUGCCAUUGACCAUAACACCAAGUGAUACGUUGAGGAGGUGGACUUAUAGUUUUCUGUGUAUUCUCCAAAAGAGUUUUCACACAUACUGUCUUGCCGCUUUGGGUACAUCCUGCAACGAUGCAUGUAAAUGGGUGUUGCAAAACUGCAGAUCCAUAGUCGCCAUGCAAAUGUUGUCGGUUGGUUUUUGAUCAUGCACUUCUCGUUUGUGUCGAUGUAAAUUGAACGGUUUAGAGAAAUAUUUUCCACAGAUAUGGCAUGAAUGAGACAUAUUUACUCUAUGACGAAUUGUUGGAUAAUACAUAUUUCAAAUAAAAACCGAGUUUAUAUUACACAAAGCCCAGCUAGUACCACGGAACUUUGCUCCUAAUAACGAGCCAAGCUAAGGCUCGGGGCCUAGCUCUAAGUAUCGAGCCUACCUCGGAGCCGAGCUCGAAGGACUCGGACCCGAGCUUGAAAGGCGCGGAGCCGAGCUCGAAGUGCUCGGAGCCGAGCUCGAAUGGCUCAGCGCCGAGCUCGAAUGGCUCAGCGCCGCGCUCGAAUGGCUCGGAGCCGAGCUCGAACGGCUCGGAGCCGUGCUUCAACGACUCGGUGCCGAGCUCGAAUGCUUCGGAGCCGAGCUCUCAAUAA